AUUAAUAUUUUUCAUUGUACGCUUUAUAAAUUAUUAUUUUUUUUAUCGUUAAUUUAUGUUUUAAAUGUUGGAGUUCAUUUUAAAUAUCGAUAUAUAAUAAUCGAUAGUUUGUUUAAGGAUACAUCAAGACCAAGGAGUUUUAGAAGGGCAAAAAUCUUCGAGACUCGAUCUUCUAUAUUAGAAAAUGUUACGCCGAGUUACUUCUUGCUUAGUUCAAAACAUUGGGCCUAAAUUGCUUACAAAACCUAGUACUUCUAGAGGGGUCCCAGCCUCUCUUUUACUAAGGUAUACCCCAAGGGUACAAUAUUCAUCAAAGAAAGAAGAGACAGAUGCUGAAUUUGAUGCUCGAUAUGAAGCCUAUUUUAACAGACCAGAAAUCGAUGAAUGGGAAAUACGUAAAGCCAUGAAUGAUCUUCAAGGUAUGGAUUUAGUGCCUGAACCCAAAAUAAUCAUUGCCGCUCUCAAGGCCUGCAGAAGGCUCAAUGACUAUGCUCUUGCUGUACGCUUUUUAGAAGGCGUUAAGGAUAAAUGUGGUUACCGGUUGAAAGAAAUUUAUCCUUACAUCUUGCAAGAAAUUCGCCCAACUCUAGAUGAAUUAGGAAUUUUAACUCCUGAAGAAAUGGGAUAUGAUAAACCUGAAUUAUGGCUACCAAACCAUUUUGAAAAGCCAAUGUUUCCAACCAGGAACGCUAGUUAGAUUUAUGAUAAAAGAAUCAAGUAGAGAAAAGCUACAUCUUCUAGUUGUAAAGAAUAAGUUGUUACAAAUCAAAUUUAAUUUUUCUUUCAAAAAUAUGUAAAAGGAAAAAAGAAGUUUUAAUUUCUGCUUUUUAUUUUGUGGCUAUACUGUUACUAUUUUCAAGAAAAUAUAAAACAAUCACAUCUAAAAAUUGCGUUUUAGUCAUUAUUACCAAAGUUAAUAUUUUUGUGAUUUAUACAGUAAAUAUUUAAAAAAAAAAACAUUACUAAAUUUUGAAUAUGCUUACUUUUCUAGAAUAUAGUGUAAAAUAUUUCUUAGAAAAUGAGCCAAACCACACUUUUUGCAAUAAAAAUUGCAAGAUCCCCAAAUGUUCCUCUUUUAUUGAUUCGAAAAUCAGUUUAAAAAAAAGUGUUUAGAUAAAGUUAAAAUUGCAAUGCAUGCUAACUUUGGACAUUAACCAGUCUCCUCAACAUUCAAGUUGUUGUAAAGCCAUAUUGGCGUAUUGCUCUAUAGAUCAGUACUACAAUCUUUGAACUUGGGAAUUGUUCGCUAUUCAAAAUUUUUCAUGUGAAUUCAGGAAAGUCAGUGAUGCUGAAGCUUCAUCACUUCAAAAUUUUUGUAUUCUUUUAAUUCAUUUGAUUUAAUACAGAUAUGAUCAAAUAUUCCACAGCAUUCGGCUUUUUCAAAUGCUUUUAAACAGAAGAUUUUAUUAAUAAUAUUUAUAAAAAAAGUGGGGGCAAAAAUUUUGCAGUUUUUUCUACAUAAUUUUGAGCAAUUGAAUAAUGGUAAAAAUUUUAAACUUCAUUGCACAAGAGACUAUAUUGGAUGCAUUCAUGCCUAAUAAAUUCACUUUUUCUAUUUGAGAUAGUUGCACUAAAUUUACCUCUUUUUUGCUGGCAAGUUUCACAGAUCUAAGAUAUUUUCCAAACCAGUUGACUUCAUUUUAUUGCAAGUCAUUCAAUGUCCUACGAAAACUGUAACUAUCUUUACUGUGAUACAAACCUCUUUUCUUAUAUCUGAGAUAAUUGUCUGCCCACGUGUACAGUAUGUCAGUAAUUUUGUGACAAAAGCAUAUAGACUGGUGAGUCCUUCAACUACAAGGUGUUAAUAAAUUGUCUACUUCUAA